UUGGCCAAUCAGCGCCGCCCUCGGGCGGCAAGCGCCAGUGUAGGCACGGCUGCGACCGCGCAGGCGCGCUGCGUUCUCCUCUCUCUGGUCCGCGAAAGAGGCGAGGGCGCGCCUCAGCCGGACGGGAUGGCCGCCCCAGGGCGCUGGGAGGUGGUGCGUAAGCCCUCCCGGAGGGGCCCCGGCGGCGGCACCACCACGGGGCGGAAGGCGCUGGGCGAGGCCAACGGGGGCCGCGGGCUGGCGCCGCCAGCUGCUCCCCUGGCCGCCUCGGAAACCCUCUUUGAGCGGGGCUUCGAGAAGGCGCCUAAGAAGCAGAACCAGGAGCAGGUGCCGCCGCCGUCCGGGCCGCCUCCGAAGAAGCCGCCGCUCGGGAAGGGCGCCAAGAAGCCGCCGCCGGGGGACGCGGGGCGCAAGCAAGGCCAGUUCCGGACCCUGGAGGAGGCCCUGAAGGCUCUCGACUUGUCAGAACUCCAGAAGGAGCUGGAUAAGAGCCUGAGCAUGUUUCCCGAGAACCCUUCUGUGUGGGUCAAAGACCUGGCGGGGUACCUGAAUUAUGCGCUGCAGGCCCCAAAGAGCGACCCCACACUCAGCCAGCACCCACAUGACUAUCCCUAUUGCCUUGCGAGCAAGGAGUUGAGAGGCAUCAUCAAGUCCCUGCUGUCGAAAUCUGGGGCUGUCCUGGAGCUGUUCUUUGACCACUGUAUCUAUACCAUGUUGCAAGAGCUGGACAAGACUCCUGGAGAGUCGCUGCACGGAUUCAGGAUCUGCAUACAGGCGGUCCUACUGGACAGGCCUAAAAUUGCCACCGCACACUUGAGUAAGUAUCUUGAGCUGCUGAGGUCCCAUCAGAACCGACCGGCCAAAUGCCUCACCGUCAUGUGGGCCUUGGGGCAAGUUGGAUUUGCUGAUCUUGCAGAAGGACUGAAAGUCUGGCUCAGCGUGAUGCUUCCGGUGCUGGGCAUCCGAUCUCUCGCUCCCUAUGCCAUGGCCUACUUGGACCGGCUACUGAUGAUGCACCCCAGCUUGACGAAAGGCUUUGGCAUGAUUGGACCCAAAGACUUCUUCCCUUUCUUGGACUUUGCCUUCACGCCGAACAACUCUCUCUCCCCCAGUUUGCAGGAGCAGCUUCGGCAGUUGUAUCCCCGGCUGAAAGUGCUGGCCUUUGGGGCAAAGCCCGAGACCACCUUGCACACCUACUUCCCUUCCUUCCUGUCCCGGACCACGCCCAGCUGCCCUGCUGACAUGAAGGAGGAGCUGCUGACCUGCCUGACGGAGUGCCUCUGCUUGGAUCCUCUCAGCUUCAGUGUCUGGAGGCAGCUGUACCCCAAGCACCUCUUGCAGUCCAGCCUGCUCCUGAACCACUUCGCAGAGUCUUGGGACAGCAUCUCCCGAAAGCUGCGGAAAUCUCUGCAGGAAACGAUUCAGGCGUUCCAAGCCAGCCACGAAGAGCUGGCCGGGAAAGGGCCCAGCAGUGCCCCGGAUGUCGCUGCGUGCAGAGCGGCCUGCCAGAACCUGCUGCUCCAGAGGAAGGCCCGGGGGCUUCCCUGGGCUCGCCUGCUGCUGGUUCUCCUGGUGUUUGCUGCGGGGUUCCUGAUGCACGACGUCAGGACGCACGGCUCCUUCCAAGCGUCGGCCUCUGCUCGUGUCCUCCGCUCUUCUGGCAUCCUCUCUGCUUCUCAGCAAGCCUGGAACAAAGCCUCCCACUACUCGAUGAAAGGAUACAGCUGGCUAGAAGCCAACGUGCCUCUCUACUGCUUGCACCUGGUGACCGUGCUGGGCCCAAACCUGGAGCUGGCCUGGGGAAAGGCCAGCGAAGCAGCCACGUUCGUCUCGGGGAAGUGCUCGACUCAGCUAGCCUGGCUCCGAGACCGCCUCCCCAGCCUCAUCGAAUGGCUCCAGACUCAGCUUCCAGAUUCUGUGCUGCGCCUGGCCGAGUACCUCAAGGAGCUGCUGCUCUUCCUCGCACGGAGCUAUGUGCUGCCAGCCGUGGACUCGGUUGCUGCAUCCCUGGAGGGGGUCUGGGAACUCUGGGUGGCUUCCUGCAGUGGCGAAGGCUCCUGGGACUGCUUGAGAAGACAGCUGGCGAGUGUUGCCCAUUCCUCGUGGACCUACCUGCAGGAGGCCACGGUUGCCUUCAUGGACUGGACCUUGGCCAUCAUCUCUGGGCACUAGGAGCUGGGUUGCCAGCUGCCCCCAGGCCCCUGCACAGGGGGACCCUCUCAAAGCCCCGGCCGGCUCCCUCGGUUGCCUUGAUUGCUCAGGGAGCAGCAGCGGCAGCGCUGGCAACAGUCGUGUCGCUCCUUUGCCUGCCGCUGCAC